CUAAUGUCAUAUGAAUGACAUUGACGAAAAAGUUAGUGUGACGAAAAAAGUGAUUAAUAAAAUAAAAAUUUAUAGAUUUUUUAUAUACAUAUUGUAUUUAACGAUAUAUCAAUAUCGAAAAUAUAGCUAAAAACUGCUAUUUAUUAAACCUUAAUUGACAACUCUGUCCGUCCGUGUCAGUUUGAAUUUUGAAGUUAGUUUGAUUCUUCUCCAGAUGAUAAUGAUUAGUGCACAUAUUUUACUGUGAUAUAUUGUUUGAUGACUGACUUCGUCCAAAUAUUUUUAAAUUCUUUCUUUGCGUUGUUUAUUUUACCCUUAGUAAUUAACGACAUUAAAAAGUUUUCCUAUAUUAUACGGUAGUUGAUCUUGUGAGAUAUGGGAAACCAUAAUAGUCACGACAAGGCUAGCACAGAUGGAAGCGGCAGUGGGGCUAGUACACCUCGAGGAUCGACUCGUGGAGCUAGAUCGGGUUCCAGCGGAGAGCUACAAGGUCAUACAGACAAGCCGGAAGCUCCUGCGCCCUUGUCGCUCGUGCCUGUAGAAAAACUAGGAAAGUUGCUGGCCCAACGGUCACAAAAGGAGGAUGGUGUCAAUGGUGUCACAGAAAAUUCUUUUACGAAAUAUCUAUUUCCCCGGUAUCCGGAGCUGGCCCGUCAGUUCUAUUGGUAUAUCCACAGACUGGGCAAGUGCAAGAAUAAGCAUAUCCCCCUAAACACCUUCCGGCACCAAUGCGAACGGAUCCUCGCUAUACUCGAUGACACUGUUAUUAUUGAUACAUAUGUCAGAAUGUUCUGCACGGAUCCUGAAGAAGCCAAGGUAACCCCGGAAGAUUUGCGUAGUCUACUUUAUGUCAGCUAUAAACUGUCUAUGGACUACUAUCCAGAAGGACCCCAGACUUGCAUGCAGAUAAACAAGACGUUAAAUGCGGUAGUCAAUGGAUGUUUCAAUAAGAAGGAGUCACACAGUGUUGGAUUUGUGGUACGCUGGUUGGAGGAACAUUGUCAUCGACUCAUCUUUCCUGUACACAGAUACUGUGUCCAUUUAUUAGCCACUCGUCACCGUGAAUUGGAAUCCCAACUGGAGUCCAGUCCCGGUGAAAGUGGAACUGGAAUUGAGUUGGCCACGCCCGUAUUGGACCGAGUGGGUCCUCGUGCAGCAUUAUUGCCUGUUUCUGCUGCUUGGCUGGUCGCUGCAACGUUGUCACAGUUGUACACCCGCCCGCUAAAGCCUCCACCGGUAACAACAAGUGGUGGGGGCAGCGCGAGCGCAGCCUGGAUGUCGAGACUAGUCUGUGCGUUGCCUUCACAUUGGGUGCCGCUUUACUCCUCUAACGAACACGGUCUGGGAGCCAAUCGAUUUUUGCAUCAUACGCUCGCGUAUAGAGGUCCUACACUAGUGGUGGUAUCUGGGAAGGCGGAAUGUGGUGAAACAGUCACAGUGGUGGUGGCGUCGCCCCAGGAGUGGCGGGAGACACAUCAGUAUUGUGGUGGACCAGACUGUGCCCUAGUACAGCUUUACCCAACGUUCUCGCUGGUUGAGCGCGGUCCUCGAAUGCUAUACCUUAACACAUGUAUACGUGGCUACCCAAAAGGACUUCGCGCUGGUGCUGACCCUCGAUCGCCACAACUCUCUGUUAACGAGGGCUUUGAUGGCUUUACGUUUCAGGGAGCGCCUUAUCCGCUUAAUGCUAUCGAGGUCUGGGGUUGCGGCGACGGUGCAUUGCGCGAGUCACAGUUGGACGUCAAGAAGUGGCAAGUCAAAGAGGCUGAGCGGCAUAGAAAUGUGAAGAUAUCGGCAGCUGAUUGGAUCGAACAUCCUGAUAGAUAUUUACUUCAAAUGGCCGGCCGCCCUCAGUAUAAUACAACUGCUUCAUAGGGAAAUGGAGUAACGGUUAAUACAACAAUUUCAUUGUUAGCGCAUCUCCUAAUUAUGAGGAUAUACAUUGAACUUAUCCUAAAAAUAUUUGAAUUGUGAAUGCUAAAUUUAAUAAAAAAAUUAGAUGAAACAUUGAAAAUUGUGAUUGAGAUUGAAAUAUGUACUUUUCAGCUUUGUAAUUUUACAAAGAUAAAUGUUAAGAUUGAAGUGCCUUUGAGGGUCUAUUAAAUUGUUCUCUAUAUAGUCAACAUUAGAUAUUUUUGUGUCCCCAAAAACCUUUAAACAGGAAUUAUUAUGUAGAUUACUUGACUGUAAUUGCUUAAAAACUCAUUUUUUUCUAGGUAUAGAUCUACCAUGUUAUUUAAGAAAUUUCCUUACUUUGGCUUUUGUAAAAAGUAAAACUUAACAUUAAAUAACUUUUUAUCGUAUUAAAAUGUACUCCCUGUACACACAUUUAAUAAUUAAAUGUUUCAGUUUAAAACAAUAUACACUUAGAUCUGUGGUUUAGCCCAUAGUAAUGCAGAAUAAAUCUCAAAACAUUUUAUAUAAUAUCAAAAACAUAGUUUGUAUAAUUAUACAGUAUAGUACAGGUAUGUUCAUAUAAAAGUCAGAAUAAGAAUGCGACCUUCAAAUUUUACGUAUUGAACGUGUGCCAAUGUCAAAGAGUUUAUAAUUACAUACAAUUAAAUAUCUCUCCACUGCAUUUUGCUCAAAAUAAAUUCUAAUAUUAACGAAAACUUACAAAGCCCCUAAACUAUAUUUUCUUAUUUCAGGCUAUACUCGUCAAGUGAAUUGUGUGAAUUGUUCAUACUUUGUAAAAGACAAUCUGAUGUUAUUUAAGUGUAUAUGAAAGAUAAUUAAUGUGUGUAAUGUUUUCACUUCUUCUAUGUCCAUUCUGUAUAUUUUAUAGCCAUUUGCGUUUUUGGUUUCUGAGUAUCAAUACUUAGAACAAAAAGACAAGCAGGGAAAAUUAUUAAUUACAUACAUAUGAUGAGAAACACACUUCUAUGAAAGUAUUAUUCACUAAUGUGAAAAAUAAAAUUGUUAUUAAUAAUGAUUAUGUAGAUUUUUUUUAUUGAAUUUCAUGGUAAUUAUGAAUGUUCUUAUGCUUUAUAUGUUAGCAACGGCUAUACUUUAAAAAAUCUUAAAACUUAUAUGGCUAUCCACAAUUUUUCCUUACAACCUUUAUAUUUAAUUUGAAAUAUAACUGUUGUUAUUUGUAGGUGCUUACAGUGUUCAUGUCAUGUUUGGUGCUCUGGUUUUUACAUAGAUAUCAAAACUAUAUUGUUUAAAAAAAAUAUAUUUGAAUGUGAAAUCUGUGAUUGAAUGUUAAUUAUGUAACUCUUAAUAUUAUUUCAAAUGUGCACAUGUACUUAGCUUAGUACAAAUAAUUAAUCUAUCAUAAUUUGCUUAUGUACACAUUGUAUUAUAAUUGUUUAAGUAAAGUAUUUUAAUAGCUA